AUGAUGCAAUCUCUACCCUUGGAGGUUCUCACUCACGUGGGAUCGUUUUGUGGUUCACAUCAACUUCACUCUCUCGCCCUGGUCAACCACAGCUUCUACGACAUAUUCAACCCGUGUCUCUACAGACAUAACGUGCUUUACGAUCAUCCCACCGCCGCCAGCGUGCUGUGGGCUGCCGGGGCUGGCUCAUUGAAUACACUCAAGAUUGCUAUCGCCCAUGGAGCCAAUAUCGACACAACAGGAGCACAUAGCGAGCAUAUGGUGUGGCAGGCUCCUAGGGAUGAACCUUCCAGGGGAAGACUAUACGCUACGCCUUUGCAUGUCGCGAUAGCCUCCGGACACGAAGAUAUUGUGCGCUGGCUACUUGAGAAUGGCGCUCGUGUGAACACGCCUGCGUUCGGACUUUGCGUCUGCAAUCUUCCCCAUGACCCCAGUGAUAUCCCCCGGGAAGUCUGGUACCCGGUUCAUUAUGCUAUCUCUCACAACUAUAGUGAUUCGAUGCUGCGUCUUUUGCUUCAACACAGGGCGAUCUGGUCAACGAUAGUCUAUCCAGUAAUAGCUGACGCCAUUGUGGACUCAAACAUUUCUGCCAUCGACAUCAUCAUGCAAGAUGAUUCUUUUGACCCAGAAUACCAGGAGCAAUUUGGUUAUACGGCUAUGCAUUUUGUUUCUUUUUGUGAAGACCUCGAUGCCGUUGGCGAAAUCACGCAGAAGCUAGUCGACCGUGGUGUUCCCCUUGACAAAGUGUCAAGCCACGGGACUGCUUUGACCAUGAUGGUCCGAGAACACAAGUUCAAACAUGCCAUUGCGCUUCUUGAAUGUGGCGCUGAUCCCACUGCUGAUCCGGAGGAGGAGCAUGGUGCAGGGCUGGGCAUCAUCGAUCGCAUAUUUGACGGCGAAGAAGAGGAUGAUGACGAAGACGAGGAUGAUGUCGAUUCCGACAUACUCAGAAACAGGCACCACGCAACCGAAGAAGAGGAUGAUGACGAAGAAGAGGAUGAUAGCGAUUCCGACAUACUUGAAAACAAGCCCCAAAUAAACGAAGAACAGAGACAAGACCGACGAAGGUUGCUGGAACUUGUCAUUGCGGGUGGUGCCGACGUGAACAGGCUCGUUGGCCGAGGAAACCCACCUCUUACUAGGCCACUAUAUUGGGCAUUAUUAGAGUCAAAAGAUGCUGAAUGUGUGAGGAUGUUAUUAGACGCUGGAGCUAGGAUCGAAGACGCCUAUAUCCACGCCGACACUGACUCCGAGGGCUUACUCCGCGCCUUUUUUGAUUCCAACAGUGGCUUCUUAUCCUUCGGAGAGGAUGUCGACGCAAAGAAAGAACUUGAGCCAUACACAGAGUCGUUGAAACUUGUACUGGAGAGAGGUGCUCGCAUCGACUCCCCGGGAUUUACCGGCCAGUCAGCCCUGGACGAAGCGUGUAAUUCUGAGUGUCCCGGCGGAGAGAAUUGGGAGCUUAAAUUUUUGGUUGAACACGCAACAAGUCGAAACGUCAGAGUCGAGUUUGUCGAGAAUCUUUUGCACGGGUUUGGGGAUUAUACCAACGAUGUCUACUGGAUUCUGAAAGAGUUCCACCGGAAGCUGAUGAUUGAGAAACAUGGUUGGAUUAGAGACGAUGGCCCACAAUGUUUAGAUUAA